CCUACCCAUUUCCUGUUUCUUUCGGCUCACAGGGGACAGCUGCUCAUUCAGGGCAGCUCUUGACUUGAGCUCUUAAGCUUUCAGAUUACAUUUUGCAGAAGAAUAUAAGCAAUGAAAUCUCUGUGUUAUGCCUGGAAUGCUUUCUCCUACUUUCUUUAUUCAACACCCCCAAAAGCCUACAAUGCGCCCACCCUGAAAGGAGAAACAAAGAAUUCCAGAGAGCACAUGGCGCCGGGAGACUGGAAACCUGGCCAUUCCUCUUGUCCAACAGCCGGCAAGGUGAUGAAGGAAGAAGAAAAUAAACAAAUUAUCCAGGAGAAUCCCCCAGAAGCGCCUCGUCGGGAUCCUAAACAAGAUGUGCUGGGAGGCCUGAGAGAACUGACCCCAAAGAGACUGAGGCUCCUCCUGGUGGGGAAAACCGGAAGUGGGAAAAGUGCGACAGGGAACAGCAUCCUCGGCAGGCGCGAGUUCGAGUCCAGACUCAGCGCCAGACCAGUGACCAGGGCCCUGCAGAGAGGAAGGCGAGGUUGGGCUGGGAAGGAACUCGAGGUGAUCGACACCCCCGAUAUUUUGUCCCCCCAUGUCCCGCUGGAAGUGGCAGCUGGCGGCAUCAGUGAGGCCAUCGCCUUCUCCUCCCCGGGGCCCCACGCAGUGCUCCUGGUGACGCAGCUGGGCCGCUUCACAGCAGAGGACCAGGCGGUGGUCUGGCGCCUGCAGGAGGCCUUCGGGGUGGGCAUCCUGGCCUACACCGUCCUGGUGUUUACCCGGAAGGAAGACCUGGGUGGGGGCUCCCUGGACCAGUACUUGCGGGAGACGGACAACCGGGAGCUGGCCUGGCUGGACGUGCUCUGCGCACGGCGCCACUGCGGGUUCGACAACAGGGCGCAGGGCGUGCGGCAGGAGGCCCAGCUCCAGGAGCUCAUGGAGAAAAUUGAGGGGGUCCUGUGGGAGAACGAGGGCCAGUGUUACAGCAACAGGGCUUACCUGUACUGCCAGCGAAUCGCGCAGCCCAAAGGCCCGCAGGCACGGCCCGCGGCCGAGGGGCCAGGCUGGGAGGAAGCGCUCAGUGAGCAGUCCUGGCGGGAGGGCCUGCGCCAGGUCCAGAAGGAGUCCCAGGAAACGCACCGACGGCUCCUGGGGAGGGCGCUCGUCUGAGCAUCUGCUGCACUUCAGGAGGCUAGCUGUCCCUGCGAGCCUCCCUCAGGCCCUGUGUCCAGCUUCCAGCUGCUCACUUGCUCUCUCCUCCCCACGGGGUGCAGACCAUCCCGCCUCCGGCCAGUGUCCAUGCGGCCAGAGGAGUGCGGGUGCCAGAGUUCCCAGCUCCAUCCGGGCCCUUCCUCACACCUUCCAGAACAGGCAGGUGCUCCCCAUGCUUGUCUCCUGUGGAAUCUCAUUUCUCAGUUGGCAUUUCAUCUCUUGAGGGCCUUAUCCCAACUCUGACAGAACCAGAGCUUUCUGAGGGCAGGCCUGUGCCUCAUCCUUCCACAGGAAGCCCACAGUGUUCUGGUCGCUGGACUCACCCAUUAGACGCUGGUGCAGCGAAACAGAGUGGGACAUUGAUCAGGCAACAUCCCACCUCUCGGGCCAGAGCCUGGCCUGGAAGGGGCAAGGCCUAAAGGCCUUGACGGUGUGAGCUGGGUGCAGUGGGCCAGCACAGAGCAAAUGAUCUGCGGUCUGAGGAAGGCACAGAGAUGCUGGGCUGCGGAGGAGGAACCAAGGAGCAAUGCAGGAGCAGCCUUUUUAUUCAAUCUUGGAAGAGGUCGUUGAAUCCCCCUGGGAACUUCCUGGUGGGAUGGAUGAGCAAAGAGAGGCACAGGUACCCCCAGAAGCCAGGCCUGGUCAAGAGGGUGGGGAGGGUGGGCCCCAGACCAGCUCCAGGACGUGGAGGCCCCAGAGGUGCCAAGUGGACUUGGACCAAAGAGGAGCACCUCCCUCCGGCCCUGAGAUGAGGGGGACUAUACACCUGCCCUCCCCCUCCCACUAUGAUGCCUUCCAGUGUUCGAAAUGCCUCAGCCUUACCUGCCACCCUUUCCCUUCCUGCUUGGUAGUGAGAAGCUGGUGUGGGGGGUGGGGGCGAGUGUCUGAAGGUGUGAAUGGUUCUCCAGAAAGGUAUUUGGGGUACAGAAUGGAGGGAGGCAGAGAAGAAAGGGAACCCUCAAAGGAAGCAGUUGAAUGACAAACACCACAGGGGUCAGCCUGCCUGGGCGUGGGGAGAACUCGGCAGCACAAGGGCAUCUUUCUGAAGGGCUGCUCAUGCACGCAAGGAUCAGAAGUGAGCAGGAUGCCCCUCAGAUGCCCCUCAGCUUCUAUGGGGUUCUGGAUGCUCCCAGGGGUCCUCCCAGUGCUGGAAACAGGGCGGUUCUUUCCCUUCUGCCUGUCCACUCCUAUGUGAAUAAAACAUUUAUUUGAUCAUUG